AUGGAAACGCUCUGUACGAAUUCGUCCGUCCUCCUGGCCUCAGCAUCGAGUUCGGUUCCGCUGGGGCGGCCGCCGAACAAUAAUCUGAUCGCUUCUUCGUUUGGCCUCCCUUCGGGCAAUCCUGCUUCUCCAGCCACGGGGGUCACGAUAGAGAUGCAGGUCGACAUUGAGCCCGCAAACGUGACAAGCCCCGAUUUGGGGAGUGUGACGCUUGCAAAGAGGAAUGGCCAAGAGAUUACGUUGGACAACGAGGGUGGCCAAGGGGUCACUCCCAGCGAGGAUCGUCUCGCUUUACCGGUGGCAUCCUAUGCUACUGCUCUAACCGGGAAGGGGCCUCAAACGAGUUCUGCCGCAACGCAAUGGGUUCCAGUUGGGGAGCAUGAUAUCAUUUCGGGAUCUUUCAACGGGGAGCCAAAGUUGAGGAUCUCAGAAGGCUUCAAAGUGAAACUCAGUGGACCUUGGCAGCGGACACUGGUGGUUAGACUUCUUGGCAAAUCUAUUGGCUAUAAGACUCUCUGUAAUCGGUUGAAGGCACUCUGGCGGCCUUCUGGACAUAUGGAGGUGUUUGCGAUGGAUAGAGAUUAUUUUUUGGUUAAGCUGAGUAACGAUCAGGAUUACUUCAAAGGCCUCUCCGACGGCCAUGGGUGA